AGAUGACAGUAGUACCCGGAAGUGAACCCACUGCAACCCUGUCACUCCCCUCUGCUCUGACUGUGCAGGCGGAUGGCAGCCGUAGUACCAAUAAGGAGAGGAGACGCGUUAUUUCCGGCCCUGAACAGUGCACAGAGGAGUCUACGACCUGCUGCUAUCUCAUCAUGCCGUCUACCUUUAAGCCGGGAGACCUUGUUUUCGCUAAGAUGAAGGGCUAUCCGCACUGGCCUGCCCGGGUUGAUGAUGUCAAAGAUGGAGCCGUGAAACCCCCACCCAACAAGUAUCUUAUUUUCUUCUACGGGACCCACGAAACUGCUUUUUUAGGAGCAAAGGAUCUUUUUCUAUAUGAAAAAUUCAAGGACAAAUAUGGCAAACCUAACAAAAGAAAAGGAUUUAACGAAGGUCUUUGGGAAAUUCAAAAUAAUCCUGAAGGCAACUACAAAUUUCCUCCUUUAUCAACCAACUCCUCAGAUAGUGAAGCACCUAAUGAGAAAGAGUGUGAUGAGGAAAAACCGUCUGUUAUGAAUUCUGACACAUUGAGUGAAGAAGGCAAUGAAAAACAGCUUAACUCUGCAGUGACGCCCCAGAAAUCAUCAAGCGAAGUGGAUCCUGAUAGUGUUUCUUCAUAUGAAGCAGAGAAUUCUGAUAGUGACAAGGAUUUCACCCCAGAGAAAAAUCGACACCGUUCUAAGCUGAAGACCACACCCUCAAGACGAGAGUCCAAGAUAAAAACAGAUUCUGAUUCAAAAUCUGACUCUGAAAGUGAUGCGGAGAAACAGUCUGCAUCAUCCUCAUCUGAGAAAUCUGUUAAGGCUAGGAGGGCAGCAGGAAAAACUUCUAAACCACAAACUUGGAAGUCUAAAGCUGUGUCUUCUGAAAGUUCUAGCAGUGAUAAUGACAGCUCACCAGAUAGGAUCAGUGAGUGGAAGAAGAGAGAUGAGGAAAGACAGCGGGCACUGGAAGAGCGUCGAAAGAAGGAGCAGGAAGAGCAAUUGCGUCGGUUAAGAGAUGAGGAAAGAGAAGAGGAAGCCAGAAAAAAGAUGGAAAAGACUGAAAAAGACAAGGAAGAUAGUGACCACAAAAGCAGCAGUAGUGAUAGUAAAGAGCGUUCUAAACCUGUGAAGAGGGCGCAUACUCAAUUUGACUCUGAAAAAGAAAAGCCAAGAAAGAAAACAAACUUAUCUAAAAAUGCUAAAAGAGAGGGACUACAAAGGAUGUCCGAUUCAGACAGUGAGAAAAAGGUCAAGACCAAAAAAAAGCCAAAAACAUCAGCUGCUAGCAGGAUGCCAAUUCAAAAAGAUAGACGUGGAGACAGACCAAUGGGAAGACCAUCAAAGAAAGAAAAAACUGUGAAAAAUCUUGAGGUUGUCAGUGAUCGGAAAGUUCAAAAGAACGAGCCCAGUAUUGGAGAGCAACUCCAGAAGCUGCACAGUGAGAUCAAAUUUGCCCUGAAGGUGGACAGUCCUGAUGUACAAAAGUGUUUAGAUGCUCUUGAAAAGCUUGGAAGUCUUCAAGUAACUUCUUGCAUAUUACAGAAGAACACAGAUGUGGUGGCUACACUUAAAAAGAUCCGUCGAUACAAAGCUAACCGGGCCGUUAUGGACAAAGCUGCUGAGGUUUACAGCAAAAUCAAAACUAGUAUUCUCGGCUCACAAAUGGGAGGACAGCAGAAAAUAAAUGAGAACGGUAGUCAACUGUUAGAAGCUAAUAAGGCACAAGAUGAAGCUUUACCAUUAAAUGGAGAUACUGUGUCUCUUGAGAGUGAAGGCAAUAAAGAUGAUCAGAAUCCUAUGCCUGUCCAGAGUGCUCCUGAAAAUGACUACAGUCAGAAUGCUUUCUAGAAAAUCUACAUACUAAAAUUGCCUAAAGGGGUGGUUCGGCAGGAUAAGUUUAUUUGUAUUUAAAAUUAAAGGUGCAAAUUAAACAAAAAUUUGAGGAUCCCCUUUUGAGCUUUAUGUUCUGGUCCUAUGUUCACACUGGAUAUUGAAUUACUUGCUGAAGAAGGUUACUGCUGCAGCUUGACUGCAUUUACUUAGGACUAAAUGGGUUUUGGUCCAGUUUUACUUCUAGGCCAGUUAUUUUUUGGGUGAAGUGGGGAUCUGUAUGAAACCAUAAGCUAGGUCCACACACGAGGGUCUAUUUUUGGUAGGCCAUUUUCAUGUGUCAGAAUUUCGGUGUCAGAUUUCAAUGCGUUGAAUUCAACGGGAAUCUGCUGCACUUUGCACACGGUGGAAUUUCCGUGGCAGAUGUUAGUGGAAAUUCCAUUUUCCACAUUAAUUCUUUGUGUAGAGUCCGCACGGAAUACACGGGCGCCCACCUACCAAGUGUUUUUUAUUGAAUCUCCCAUCACAAAUUCACAGCUACUUCUGAUUAGUUGUAAAUUGAAAGUGAACAUGCUUCCAUACAAAUCCCUUUUCCCAAACAUUCCUAAACUAUGUAACUAAACUUACCCUUUUCCUUUUAUUUUUUAUACUCCAAUCUCAAUUUGCUUUUUUUCCUAUCAAGUUCCAUAAUAUUUAUUGUUUUAAAGGAGUAUUUUUCAACCCCAAAUGUUAUGCCUUUUGAUUAGAUAUGGGUGACAAGCUGGUUCCAGAGGUUGGACAUCCACAUAUUCUGUGAAUGGAGGAAAAUUGUCAGAAAAUUUUAAUGAGUGCAGUGUGCACAGCCAGUAUUCAGUUGAUUGAUUGAUUCAUUAUAAUGUUUAAAAACUUCUAUAGAGAAUGAGUGAGUGGAGCACUGGCCGUGCACGUAUGCAAUGCUCCAUUAAUGUGAGGGGCAAUUUUUCUCUGGUUGGGGUUUGACCACUGGGACUCUUAACAAGCUGAUUAUUUUUGGGAUUGUCAUCUCCCAUCCUUGGGAUCACUUUUGGCACCUUUUUAUAGUAAAGGGUUGCAUCAUCCCACAGCAUUAAAAAAACACCAAACUAAAAAGUUUCUCCCCAUGCUAUUCUAUUUAUUUACCCAUGUGCAAAAAGAUGACCACAAGACAACCUAGUGGCAUAGUUACAUACAGCCAAAGAAGUUGUGGUAACAAGUGGAUGGGCUGGGCUCUUGCAGCCCAGGGGCAAACCCCUUGGGCACUUGCACCCAAUUACAGUACAGACUAAAAGUUUGGAAACACCUUCUCAUUCAGAGUUUUCUUUAUUUCCAUGACUAUAAAAAUUGUAGA